AUGAGGCCAUUCUCCGUCCGAAGUCUGAUCCCUCCCCCGGGUGCACGCAGGGUACGCUUCGCUGCCCGGCGCUGCUACGCCGUGCAAGCACCUGGCGCGCCGACUUUCGAGGUCUUCAAUCGUCGUACCAAGGUGCUACAGAGGGAGCGCGCCGCCGCCAAUACCGAGAAGAGCAGGCAAGUCGACUAUCUGAGGGAUGAGACGGCAUUCAGAUUAUGCGAGCGUCUUCUGGACAUCAACCGUCGCUUCGACCGCGUACUAGACCUGGGCGCGAACGCUUGCAACAUCGGUCGCAUUCUUACGCAGCCAGACCCUGACAGUACCUCUAUGAAACCUGUCAGCGAGCCGCUCUCUACCCGCAUUGGAGAACUGAUCGCUGUCGACUCAUCACCGACCAUGCUCUACCGCGAUGCCGACCAGCCUUUCAACAAUGAGAUAAAGAUGACUCGUCAAGUUCUGACUGACGAGGAGAGUCUACCAUUCGAGCCCGAAUCCUUCGAUGCCGUGCUCAGCAGCCUGUCUCUUCAUUGGAUAAACGACCUGCCUUCGGUCUUGAGGCAGAUAAACAACAUUUUGAAGCCGGAUGCUCCAUUCCUGGGCGUGAUGCUUGGUGGAGACAGUCUCUUUGAGCUGCGAACGAGCUUGCAGCUUGCAGAGCUGGAUCGACGGGGUGGUGUUAGCACGCGGACCUCUCCGCUUGCUGACGUUCGAGAUGUUGGCGGCUUACUGCAGGGUGCGGGUUUCAAGCUUCUCACGGUCGAUGUUGACGACAUUAUUGUGGACUACCCGAAUAUCUUUGCGCUCAUGACCGAUCUUCAGGCAAUGGGAGAAAACAAUGCAGUGCUGGGCCGCGAAAUGGGUCCGAUCAGGAGGGAUGUGCUCUUAGCUGCUGAGGGUAUCUACAGAGCUCUCCAUGGAAACGAAGACGCGGAAGGUACUCUGCCGGCAACUUUCAGGCUCAUCUACAUGAUCGGCUGGAAGGAAGGCCCGAAUCAAUCGCAGCCUCUUCCCCGAGGAAGCGGUAUGGUCAGCAUCAAGGAUAUUCUUGAGAGCGAGGGUGGCAAGGGAGAGAAGAAGUGA